AUGCCUUCUCAUUCUAUACCACUGGUCACUCUAUCAUCUGAACUUGCAAAUUUUGAGAAAGCUAUUUGGUUAUUUUCUCCACUUUGGUGUCUCAUGCAACUUGUUGAUCCUUUUCACCAAUUUAUUUAUACUUGGAUGGAUCUUAAAAAAAUGAACUUGGUUUCUAAAACUGGCAAAACCCCUUUCUGGUUUAUUCAUCUUAUCAACAUACCUGAUUUAUUUUCUUAUUUACUGGCUGUUAGUACGUCUGUACAAUAUCCUUCCUAUUUAUUAAAAUUACAAGACUCUGCCCUUGCUACUAUUGACGAGCACUUUCAUCUUGAAGCCCGCAAUCAGUAUUAUUGGAUCGUGGAAUUAGAUGGUGCUAAUUCUAUGAUUUUUGGACGUGUGUUUUACACUGUUAAUAUUUAUAGCACUCGGAUUGUCUAUUUCUCGCAUUGGAUUAACUCUUCUUCUAAUUGGCCCUUUAUAACUCCUUGUCAAGAUUGUUCCUUGCAUGACGAAUCGUUAGUAAAUGGUCUUCUCCAAGUGUGA